UAACUCAUCAUCACACUCCACCGGCGUUUCCCCUCAUUGAACCUACAGUCGUCUGCCUUCCGAGAUUCCAAGUUAGUCCAGACUCCAGAGCAUCAGUAGCACAAGAACCCACCUGAUUUUCGUCAUACAUAUUUUUCUGCACGGCAUUCGCUAUGGCGUUCAGAGCCCUCUUCCUCGCGUGCUUCCUUCUCCUCGCGGCGACGUCCGCCUUGGCGCAGCGUGGUCCGCCUGACGGAGGUCGUCCCGGCGGUCAGGGACCAGGGGGGGCGCGCGGAGGGCCUGGCGGUUCCGGCGGGCCUGGCGGACCUGGCGGUGAGCCGCGCGGUCCUCCGCUGAACCUGACGGUCGUCGGGAAUCUGACGGCCGAUAUUGGCGCGCGACUGGCCAACUGCUCCGCGGACCAGAAGGUCCUUGACGGCCGCUUCCACCUCGCCAUCUUCAAGUGAGCUUUCAAACUCCUCCGGCAGCUACAACCUGCUGGUCCACGCGCUCCUCGUCGACGCCGCUGGCAGUCCGCCCGACUCGCUCGCGAUCGUGCAGGGCGCCGCGUGCGACGCUGCCGCCACGCAUCGGGAACAGACCCCUGGAGGAUUUCAAGAUCCUCGCAUGUUGUUCGGGGCUGGAUACGGUUUCCUGCAGGGAUUUUGGUGCUCGCAAGGUUCGGAGAGUGGUUUGGUUGUUAGACAGCGUGUUGCUUGGUUGUUGAAUUACCGUAGCGUGCAGGCAACAUUCCCAACCUGUUUUGUCCGCACGAAGAUCGAGAUCCGAAACUGUUUCAAGCGGCCCGAAAGUGUAAAUGAGCUAAUCACAGAACC